CUCACAUUUGUGAAGCGUGCUAUUUUUUUUGUUUGAAUUUGCCUCUCAGGUAGUUUGACCCCUCCUUGCUGCCCUGUACCCAGUCAACAUCCGCCGUUGCAAACGGUGUGCCCGCACGCCCCCGCUUUCCCGCCCCCCCCCAGCGCGGUGCUCCCUCGACGGACCCAGAAGCCUUCGGUGGUGCGCGGUGCACUGACAAUUGAGUGACGGGAUGGCGGGUGUCGUGGCUCUGGGCGCUGCUUUGCUCGGUCGGAGGCUGGGAGGAGUGUUGAGUUGCAGGCCCUGGCCUGCGAGUUGCAGUGGUGUGUGUACAGCAAUAAGAAGAUUGUCAUUGGAUAAUACCCCGUCAGCCCCUCCGAAACGGCCCCUCAGUGCUUACCUGCGCUAUGUGGUGGAACAGCAACAGAAUUUGUUUAAGCAAAGCCCAGAUAUAAAGUUGUCAGAAAAGACUAAGCAGAUUGCUCACGCAUGGAGACAGCUAACACCAGAUCAGAAACAACCGUAUGAACUAGCAGCAAGUGAUGCCAAAUUGAAAUAUAAAGUGGAACUGGCAGCCUUCAAAGCGAACCUCACGCCAGCUCAACUGGCUAGCUUGAAAGAAGAGAGGAGACAGAAACUGGCGAAACGGAGAACAAUGAGGAAAAAACGAAAACUUACCAUUUUGGGGAAACCGAAACGACCUCGGACAGCCUUCAAUAUCUUCAUGGCCGAAAACUUUGAGGAAGCAAAAGGGGCAACUUCGCAGGCAAAGCUGAAAAACCUGCAGGAUGAGUGGCACCGGCAGUCUGAUCAGCAGAAGCAGAUGUACACACAACUGGCCGAGGAUGACAAAGUCCGUUACCAGAAUGAAAUCAAGUUGUGGGAGGAGCAAAUGAUUGAGACGGGACACGGCGAUGUUAUCAGAGUGAAACAGAAGAGGAGAGUUCAAAAGCUGUUACGGAAGAAAGUGAAUGCGCAUAAAAUGGCAGAUAAAACUACGAAGCCAUCUGCAACAUCAAGUACAACCAAGGCCAUCAAAAGCAAAAAGACCUCUGAAGAAUAAGGCUAUUCUUAAAAGUUCCAAUAUUUUUAUUGACCUUACUGAUAUCAGAUGUCGAAUACUGACUUUGAUUUCCUGAUAUGUCAGGAAUCUUAAUGGGAGUAUCUCCCUGAAAUGUUUCACUGAAUCUUUGAAUUUUUGUACUUGUUCAUGAUGGCCAAUGACAGCAGAUGUUAGCAGGCUUGGAAUUCUAGCUACUUAGUGAAAGAUGAUAGUAUCUGCAGCCAAAAUGGGGCAUUUGUGAACAGUCUUGUCUGCAGUAGAAGUGAUAUAAUUUAACGGUCCAUAAAUAUGCAAGUGGUGACUGAAAUAAUGAUAAUUGAGUCUUGUCUGGUGAUCAACAGACUCAUGAUUAGGUGGACUGUCCUAUGGGCUAGGUCUGUCCUGUAAAUUGUUACAACUCUUGCUUGUCAGCUGAAAUAAUGGAUCAGUACAUUUAUCAACUGAAGGAUUUUUUUCCCCCAAUUAUGGUAUGUAAAUAAAUCUCAAAUUUUCAUGUA